AUGUCCAUUGACGAGCGCUGUAUCAACACUAUUCGCACUUUGGCUGCCGAUGUCGUGCGUGGUGCCAACUCAGGACAUCCAGGCGCGCCUAUGGGAUUGGCACCCAUGGCUCAAGUGCUCUUUACAAACUUUGUUCGUAUCAACCCAAAGAACCCACAUUGGCCUAACCGUGAUCGCUUUGUUCUCUCCAACGGCCAUGCUUGUGUUUUGCAAUACAUCAUCCUCCACUUUAUGGGCUUCAAGGUGUCCAUGGAUGAUCUCAAAGCUUUCCGUAGUGUUGGGAGCAUCACACCGGGUCAUCCAGAGCGUACCCACACACAGGGCAUUGAAGUGACCACCGGUCCUUUGGGUCAAGGUAUUGCCAACGCGGUGGGAUUGGCCAUUGCCGAACAAGAGAUGGCUGCUACAUUCAACAAACCAAACUAUCCCAUCUUUGACAAUUACACAUACGUCAUUCUUGGUGAUGGUUGUAUGCAAGAGGGCGUUCAAUCGGAGGCUUGCUCCCUUGCUGGUCAUUUGCAACUUGGCAAGCUGAUCGCAUUGUAUGAUGACAACCAUAUCACCAUUGAUGGUGACACUGCUGUCUCAUUCACCGAGGAUGUUGUGAAGCGCUUCGAAGCCUAUGGAUGGCACGUGCAAAUUGUCUCUGACGGCGACCAUAAUAUGCAAUCCAUUCAACAAGCUAUUGAAAAGGCCAAGACCGUCACUGAUAAGCCAUCCUUGAUCAAGGUGCAUACCACCAUCGGCUUUGGAUCUUUGAAUCAAGGUGAAGAAAAGGUGCAUGGUGCUCCUCUUGAACCCGAUGACAUUCGUCAAGUGAAGGAAAAGUUUGGCUUUAACCCUGAUGAGAAAUACGUGGUGCCCCCCGAAGUUUAUGAUCAUUAUCAUAAACGUGCUGCUCAAAAUGCCCAAUAUGAAGAAGAGUGGAAGCAGCUCCUCCAAAACUAUGCAAAGGAAUAUCCAAAUGAAGCAGCCGAUCUCAAUCGUCGGCUGACAGGCAAGCUCCCUGAUGGAUGGGAAAAUGCGUUGCCACGCUACACGCCUCAAGAUCAGCCUGUUGCUACUCGUAAACUUUCGGAAGCUGUCAUCAACAAGCUCAGUGAAGCAAUUCCAGAACUUAUUGGAGGCUCAGCAGACUUGACUGGUUCCAACAACACGCGAUGGAAAAACGCUGUUGAUUUCCAACCGCCAUCCACUAAGCUUGGCAAUUAUGGUGGUCGCUACAUUCGAUAUGGUGUUCGUGAACAUGCCAUGUUUGCUAUCAUGAAUGGCAUUGCUGCUUAUCAAGGCCUGAUCCCAUUUGGUGGUACAUUUUUGAACUUUUUGACGUAUGGUUGGGGCGCUGCACGUCUGAGCGCGUUAAGCGAGCUGAGGGUGAUGUACAUUAUGACGCAUGACUCGAUUGGCCUUGGCGAAGAUGGUCCAACGCAUCAACCUAUUGAGACUUUGGCAUUGACACGUGCUACACCCAAUAUGCUCACUUUCAGACCAUGCGAUGGCAAUGAAACUUCAGGAGCCUAUCGCUGUGCAUUGUUACAUAGCCACAUGCCAUCCAUCUUAUCGUUGACUCGUCAAAACUUGCCUCAAUUGGAGGGCACUUCGAUUGAAGCCGUUUGCAAGGGUGGCUAUGUACUCCAAUCAGAUGACAACCCCGAUGUUGGUAUCGUGGCUACUGGAUCAGAAGUGCCCAUUGCUGUGGAAGCUGCAAGCUUCUUGCGAAAAGAAGGUAUCAAGGUCCGUGUCAUCUCGAUGCCGUGCACAGAACUCUUUGAUGAGCAACCACGUGAUUAUCGUAUCUCGGUAUUCCCCAAGGGAGUUCCCAUUGUCUCUGUCGAAGCUUUAUCUACGUUUGGGUGGCAAAAAUUUUCGCACGCUCAAGUUGGCAUGACAACCUUUGGUGCUUCUGGUCAAUAUCCCGAUGUUUACAAGCACUUCAAAAUUACCUCUGAGCAUGUACGUGAUGUGGCCAAAGACAUCAUUCAAUACUUUAAGCAGCAUGGCAAUGUCCCUGAACUCUUUCCCCAAUACGCCCCCGCUUCGUAA